GUGCUUCCUCUCUGUCGACGCGUACUGCUCGGGGAAGUGCUCGGUUCUUCAUCUGAAGCUAAGGCCUUUGAAUCCGGCGACUAGCACUCUCGAUUUUAGGCAUCCAGCCACUAAGUUAAUUAAAGCUCGUAGUAAUAUGGCCUCUGUAUCUGAACUCGCCUGUAUUUACUCGGCUCUCAUCCUGCACGACGACGAAGUCACCGUCACCGAGGACAAGAUCAAUGCCCUCAUCAAGGCCGCUGGGGUGUCUGUGGAGCCCUUCUGGCCCGGCCUGUUUGCCAAGGCACUGGCCAGCGUGGACAUCGGCAGCCUGAUCUGCAAUGUUGGUGCUGGAGGAGGAGCCGCCCCUGCUGGUGCCGCUCCUGCUGGAGGAGCCCCAGCUGGAAGUGCCCCAGCUGAGAAAGCAGAGGAGAAGAAGGAAGAGAAGAAGGAGGAGUCUGAGGAGUCUGAUGAUGACAUGGGCUUUGGUCUGUUUGACUAAACUUCCUUUUUGUAACUGGCAACAAGAAUAAAAACUGAAAUGUAA